AUGACACACGACCACGCUGUAUCGAGUAAUGCGGCCGUUCCAAUUCAGGAGCGCCAGCCCACGGGGGACGAGAAAAGUACGCAGAAACGAUUUAGCGAGUUUGACCUUGAAGGAAAGGUCUUUACUGUCACUGGGGGUGGUCGAGGGCUAGGCCUGACCAUGGCCGAGGCAUUAGUCGAAGCCGGAGCACAAGUCCACUGUCUCGACCGUCUCCCGUCGCCAGAAGACGAAUUCAUCCAAGCCCAAAAACGAGCGAAUCCGGCAUACGGCGGCUCUCUUCACUACCACUGCAUGGACGUGCGAGACGCCGAGGAUGUCGCGCAUAAAAUGAGUAAAAUUGCGGGUAUCAAGGGGCGGCUCGACGGUCUACUGGCCGCUGCAGGAAUAAACCAUGUCGACAGCGCGUUCGGGCAUUCGCAAGCAGAUAUCAACGAAAUAAUGAGCAUCAACUACACGGGCCUGUUCAUCUGCGCCACCGAGGCGGCCAAGCAGAUGAUGAAAUACAAAUGCUCGGGCUCGAUCCUCCUGGUGGCUAGCAUUAGCGGAAUCAUGGCUAACAAGGGCAUGUGCGCGCCCGUAUACAAUUCGUCCAAGGCGGCCGUCAUUCAACUGACGCGGAGUCUCGCUAUGGAAUGGGGUCAGCCAGACAAAACCGGCAAGAAAAGCAUUCGAGUCAAUUGUCUUUGUCCAGGCCACGUUGUGACUGCGAUGGUCGAGAAGAUCCUCGCCGAUGAUCCUGAAUCGAGAAAGGUCUGGGAGUCGGAAAAUAUGCUGGGCCGCUUAGCGCAGCCUGAGGAAUUUCGAGGAGCUGCCCUAUAUUUAUUGAGUAGCGCGAGCAGCUUUAUGACCGGUGCGUCGCUCGUCAUUGAUGGGGGGCACACGGCAUGGUGA